AUGAUGAUAUACGUUAUUUGGGUGAACAAUCCGCUCUGCAGGUUCGAACAGAAGCCGGCGGGUAUUUCACGUAGACAAGGAGAGACUCUAAACGAUGCGACAGACAACAACGGCGGAAACAGGAACGGCACGCAGGACUGGAAGACAGGGUUGUCAAACGGUGCGUCGUUUUAUGGUUUCGACGGCUUCGAGCCAUCCCUGAUUCCUCGAUGCCCAGCAUUGAAACAACCUCCGCCCCUUAACCGCAUUCUAACACGCCAACUCCGCGUCCUUUGCCCUCGAAUGAGCCCGAACAAGCCUUCGUUAGGCGCGCCGCAAUCCACACCGUGA